AUGUCGUUUUUAGACAGCAUCACCCCUACUGUGCGACGGGAGGUAAAACUCCAUUGUUCAGAUGAUGACCCAGAGGCCAUGCUGGAGGCAAUGUUGAAAAUCUAUGGGGAACACAAAUCCCUCCAAGAGCAGAUGGCAGUUUUCUAUACAACAAAGCAGGGAAGCAAGGAGUCUGUGAUGGAAUUUUCACACAGGCUCCAUGCUGCAUUUGAAGCCAUAACAGAUGCACAGUCAAGUGGCGGUGUGACUGUCAUGACCCAGCAGGUCCUGAGGGAUCAGUUCAUUGCUGAGCUGCGCAAUGAGCUGACCAAGCGCAUGUUAAAAGAGCGAGUACUCCAAGAACCUUCGCUGACAUUUUUGGCUGCUAGGGACUAUGCCCUUAGGUGGGCGAAUAUAAAUAAUGAACUUCACCUGCAGUCCCGAGGUAGAGACAUUAAUUGUGCCGUGGUUAGUCAGACAGAGCCCAGUGUAUCAGGCCCAUCAACUAGAGCGCUGGAAGACAAGAUUGACUCGUUGUCUAAAGAACUGUCGCU